AUGAGCGGACCCCCGGGCCAGGAGGAGCCGGCCAGAAUACCCCGGCCGCGAAAACAAGCUGGCCCCGCCGGGUCCGAGCCCAGGGGGCGGCCGCGACGUCAGCGCCCGUCGCCCCCGCCGCGGCGACCACGGCCCCACAAAGAGGCACGAACCCCUAAGUCCAAAAGGAGACGGCAGCCGCCACCGCUGCCGCCCUCCUCGACCGAGGCCGUCAGCCCCGCCCCCACCCGCCGCAGCGACCCCCUCCCCUCGCCCCCGCGGAGACCGCGGCGCUACCGCUCGCGCCGCCCCUCCCCCACCGCAGAGCCAGCGCGAGCCUCCGCACCUCCCCCGCUCCGGCAGCCUCUGGUCCCGGAGACACCGCCCCCCCAAACCGGGCAGCCGCCGCGGAGCUCUAUGGGGGCUGGAGUCCGCGAGGCGGCCUUUACUACAUUUCCCGACAGCCCUCGCGGCUCUCCCGCCCUCCCUCCCGAGACACGAGCCGAACUGGGCGUCAGGUCGGGGAGCGGGUCGGGUUCCCGCUCGCCGCCGCCGCCGCCGCCCCCCGCAGCGACUCUCCCGCCUCUCCCACCGCGCCGGCCGCAGGACCUGAAUCGCCAACUCUGCUCGGCCGUGGAGCUGCCGGCCCGGGAGCACUGA